AUGGGCGUCCACAACCUCGAAACCAAGGCCGCCUUCGAUCAGGCCCUGUCAGAGAAGGGCCUGAUGGUCCUCGACUGUUUCGCCACCUGGUGCGGUCCCUGCAAAGCCAUCGCCCCGCAAGUCGUCAAAUUCUCCGGCCAAUACACCGACGCGCGCUUCUACAAAAUUGACGUCGACGAGCUGCCCGAGGUGGCGCAGGACUUGUCUGUCCGCGCCAUGCCGACGUUCAUGCUGUUCAAGGACGGCGAGAAGGUUGCUGAGGUGGUGGGUGCGAACCCCAAGGCGCUCGAGCAGGCGAUUCAGCAGCAUGCUUAG